UGCACGUGCGCGUCCUGCUGCCCGCCGGAAGGACGAAGCCUGGCAGUGUUUAUCUCGUUGGGGACCGAGGAAUCGGUUGGCGCGCAACGGGUUCUAGGCUGCCAGCAGCGCGAGGACCCGCGGCCCCACCCCGGCCCGGCCUGGCAGUUUCUAGUUCUGGCAGCGUACGAGAGCCACAGCUGUCAGAGAAACUCCUCCUGCCUGUGGGCACCCUGGGUGACCCCGGGGACAACGGAUCAGCUUGGCAAGAACUCUCUGUGAGGGGCUAAUCAACCAUGGUUACAUGGAGUUCCCUGUCCUAGGUAGCAGAGGCAGCAGGCCGUGCCGGGGGGGCAUGUUCCUGUAACCUGUGGCCCAGGGGAUGUUACGGUGGACAGUGCAUCUGGAGGGCGGGCCACGCAGGGUGAACCAUGCUGCAGUGGCUGUUGGGCACCGAGUGUACUCCUUCGGGGGUUACUGCUCCGGUGAAGACUACGAGACACUGCGACAGAUAGAUGUGCACAUUUUCAACGCAGUGUCCUUGCGUUGGACAAAGCUGCCCCCAGUGAGGCCUGCCGUCCGAGGGCAGGCUCCUGUUGUACCCUAUAUGCGGUAUGGACACUCAACCGUCCUCAUCGAUGACACGGUCUUCCUUUGGGGUGGGCGUAAUGACACUGAAGGGGCCUGCAACGUACUCUACGCCUUUGAUGUCAAUACUCACAAGUGGUCUACACCCCGAGUGUCAGGAACAGUUCCUGGGGCCCGGGAUGGACAUUCAGCUUGUGUCCUGGGCAAGAUCAUGUACAUUUUUGGGGGAUAUGAGCAGCUGGCAGACUGCUUUUCCAAUGACAUUCACAAGCUGGAUACCAGCACCAUGACGUGGACCCUUGUUUGCACAAAGGGCAACCCUGCACGCUGGCGGGACUUCCAUUCAGCCACAAUGCUGGGCAAUCACAUGUAUGUCUUUGGGGGCCGUGCUGACCGCUUUGGGCCAUUUCAUUCCAACAAUGAGAUUUACUGCAACCGAAUACGAGUCUUUGACACCAGAACUGAGGCCUGGCUCGACUGUCCACACACUCCGGUGCUGCCUGAGGGGCGCAGGAGCCAUUCAGCCUUCGGCUACAAUGGGGAGCUGUACAUCUUUGGUGGCUACAAUGCAAGGCUGAACCGGCACUUCCAUGACCUCUGGAAGUUUAAUCCUGGGUCCUUCACCUGGAAGAAGAUCGAGCCCAAGGGAAAAGGGCCGUGCCCUCGCCGGCGCCAGUGCUGCUGUAUUGUUGGUGAUAAGAUCGUCCUCUUUGGGGGUACCAGCCCCUCUCCUGAGGAAGGCCUGGGAGAUGAAUUUGACCUCAUAGAUCAUUCUGACUUACACAUCCUGGACUUUAGCCCUAGUCUGAAGACUCUGUGCAAACUGGCCGUGAUUCAGUAUAACCUGGACCAGUCCUGUUUGCCCCAUGAUAUCAGGUGGGAGCUCAAUGCCAUGACUACCAACAGCAAUAUCAGCCGCCCCAUUGUCUCCUCCCACGGAUAGGAAGAAGGUUCUGCUGCCUCCCCUCCUGAGCCCGUUCUGUCUUCAUUGCCCCGCCUCACCUGCCUGCCCCUUGGACCCUGGACUCAGUAUACCUCCACGUGGAGUUGAUGGACUAGAGGUGUUUUCUGUGCUGUGAAUUCAGUGGGGAGUUGUUGGGGGGAGGGCGUCCUCCUCCUCCCUUGGGCCGAGGGCCCCUUCCCUUGGUGCUCUGUUCCCAUCCACCUCCCUCCACUGCUCCUGGGCCAUUGCUCUGACCCAGGCCCGCUGGGUAGCCAGGCUGUGCUGGCAAGGGACAGGAGUGGGGAGAAGGAGAAGCCAGCAGUAUCGGAGCCUCAGGAGCUUCCCUCCCCGUGACCGUCCCUCUCCCUGCUUGAGCAUCUGCCCGGGAGCUGAGAGGAGCCUCAGCUGUUGGCAUGACACCCCCCCCUUCCCCGGCCCUCCGGGGUGGGGACCAACCGACAGCUUCACUCAUCCUUGAGCUGUUGCUGUACCCCCGAAGAUCGGCCAGCUCUGAUUUUAUAAAACGUAAAACCUCUAAA